UGUUUUGUUUUUGUUUCACAGACAUUGUUCACUGAAAAUGGAGUUGAUGACGACGAUACUGUCGGUUUGUCUUGGAAUAGCCACUGCCAGUUUGACAUUUCUAUGGAUGCGCCAGUACCACCGGAAAAUUCAGCCCUCGUAUCCUCCUCCUCCUGGUCCAACCGCUAUCAGUAUAAUCUUGAAUGACUUGUGGCGAAUCAUAUCACGCUCCAAACCGCCUAACCUGAUAGAGCUUGUGACAGGUUUACGUCGAAAGUAUGGUGAUAUUUACUCAGUGUCAAAGGGCAAGAAAAUUCUGGUGAUUCUAAGUGAUCCUGAAAUGGUGAAAGAACUCUUCGUAAAGCAAGUUGAGAUCACGUCUGGAAGAGAUACUGCACCUCUAGCACAUGUUGCAUUCAGAGAUGAAGGAAGUAUUAUUUUUGAAGAGGGAAAAUCGUGGAGUGAUAUGAGGCGCUUCCUUCUCCUCGCUUUCCGCAAAUUUGGCAUGGGUAAGAAGACUGCUGGAGAUUGGGUGAACGAAGAGGCUCAGAUUCUUUGUAGGGAAUUCAUGCUGGCAGAAGGUAAGCCUUUCGACCCAUUCCGCACCAUCAACUAUGCCGUGGCUAAUAUUAUUCGGUCAAUCACAGCCGGUCAGCGCUUUGACUAUUCAAAUGAUCGAUUUCAACAGAUGGUCAAGCUCAUCACCGAUGUCCUAGGUGCCGAGAACUUUUACGGGCCUCUAGAAAUGAUGCCGUGGUUGUACUACACCCCAUUCUUUAGAAAGGAACGCAACAUGUGUAACGCACUGAUCGACUUGAUGAAGCAAGAAGUUGUUGAUCAUCGUCAGACAGUGGACAUAGACGAUCCAAGGGAUGUCAUUGAUAUGUGUCUAGCUGAAAUUGAUCGGGCAAAGAAUGCAGGAGAGGAAACAUUCUUUGACGAGUCACUCCUUUGGAGAACACUUCUUGAUAUCUACUUGGCUGGAACUGAGACCGUUGCGACCACACUUGCAUGGGCCAUGUUGUAUAUGGCUGGAUGUCCUGACAUUCAAGAAAAGGUCUGUCAAGAAAUUGACUCCGUCAUCGGUAGUGAAGGCACACCUCACUACGACGAUCGCACCAGGAUGCCUUACACAGAAGCUACUAUUGCCGAACUUCUCCGAAUCCGUCCGAUCGCACCCCUUGGCAUUCCGCACAUAAACACGGAAAACAUCGUUUACCAAGGCUAUCUCAUUCCUGCGCGUUCCAUUAUUAUUAUGAACAUGGUAGGCAUGCAUCUAGACCCAAAGCUGUGGCCCUACCCAGAAAACUUUGAUCCAUCCAGAUUUUUAAGUGAUGAUGGAAUGACAGUCAAGAGGCCAAGUUGGCACAUGCCAUUUGGAGCAGGACGGAGGAUAUGUCUAGGAGAACAACUUGCCAAGGUUGAAUUAUUCUUGUUUUUCACCAAUCUACUUCAGAGGUUUACUUUCAGACUACCAGAUGGUAUCCUUCCAGAUUAUGGAUUCGGACAUCGUACAUCGACCCUUGCCCCAAAGAAAUUCCAGAUCAUUGCUAGUCCACGUUGAUUGUCUACUGAGUACUUGAUUAACAGUCUCGAGCAAAUAGUAAAGUGACAAACUCUAUUAAUAACGCAGAGUAGCCUCACACGUUGUCUUAGUGUGAUAAUCAGUGGCGUAACUACGGGGAGGGGGCAUGGGGGGCACGUGCCCCCUCCCCCAUCGGCUGGCCAAAAAAAAACGGAGAAAAGGAGAAAAGAAGGAGAAAGGAAAUGAAACAUGGUGGGAAAAGAAGAAAUUAUUGUUCAUUAUAAUGUUAUAUUAUAUUACAGUUAUGUAAUGUUAUAUUAAAUAAUUUUUUUUUUUCAUAACUUAAUGAGACAUAAUUUGCCCAGGGCCUUUGUCUUCAUUGAUCCUGGUGCAGUCUGUUUAACGAGAUGUAUAAUCCUGUUGUACUGAAACAUCCCUUUUACACCAAAUAUA